AUGACCGCAGCGACCGAAAUGACGAAUCUAAUUGCCGCCGAUGAUCUCGAGGCUCUCGAGACGCUCAGGGCGCACUUUGCGCCCCAUAAUCUUUUACUCAAGUUGCGCAAAGGCAAGCCCCUUUCGGCCCUCCAGUCGGACUUGUGGACGAGCCAGUGGACCGACUCUGAAAUAGAAACCGCUCGCGCGCUGCCCCCUUGCCGAGGUCUCUUGUACCAGCCCCAGGCCUCGAUCGGACCGGAAGAGCUCCGCAAUGUUGGCAAAACCGACCAGUCGCCGCUCCAAAAAGUCCUGUUCAGAGAAGUGCGCGGAAAAUCCGUCCGAAUCACCGGACCCGCUGGCUGCGGCAAGUCGAUGCUGGUAAAAGUCAUAUCUGAGCGGCUGAGACGAAGGUUGGCAGCUGUGGUCGUCGAAUAUAUCGCCCCCAUCAGCUCGCAACCCCAUACCGAGAACCUCUAUGGCGUACUCGCCUCUUUUAUGCAUCAGGUCGUAUCCCAAAGACUGGCGGUGCUCGAUCCCGUCGGGGGCCUUGUUGCUCGUAUUCUAAAGCAGCGAGUCUGGUCAGAACGAGCAACCCACGCCUUGUUGUCCUCGAUGCUGCUGCACGCAGAGAACAUGGACCUCCUGGUGGUGAUUUACGAUAUGGAACGCUGGCCGGCGUCGGCCCGUUCCUGGUGGCACACGCUCCAGCAUCGUCUCCUUGGGUCGUCCAAGUGCACCUUUCUCACAAGUAGCCGCGCUCUGGACGAAGAUCUUGGCGCGGGAAAGCCUUUCCAUCUGGACCUGUCAAACGAGGACGGACGCAAACUCGAUCUCAUCAAGGCUAGAGUCCGCCGACAUGACGAGCAGUCUCCAGGCUCAGCAUUUGAAGAGUCGGUGCAAAAGGAAAUUUUCGCUGCUGCUCAGAAAUUUCAGAGGUCGUUCACCGCCGUCGAUAACUUCCUCACCCGCCUCUUCCAGUCCUUUACUCCGACAGCGCCCGAGACGGCGAGGAUGGCCAUUUGGGCCUUGCCCACAACCGAAGAGCAACUCUUUCAAGAAGAGCUGGUGCCAUUCUUCAGGCCCGGGCAGUCGCGCGCAUCUUCCUGGGUCGUUCCAACGCUCUCGUGGGUUCUUCGUGCCGCGCGUCCGUUGCACGUUAUGGAGCUUGCUGUGGCCGUCUUGAUCAACCUGUGCAGCAACACCAAGCAGGAAUUGCAAGACAAAAUUUCGGCCGACAUGGAGCGCGACCUCCAGAGCGCCCUUGGAGUUUUGCUGUCGGUCAAGAACCAACACGCGGGCGAAUCCGUCAAGCUGGGAACACACCAUCUCCUGACCCUGCAUUGCCUCCACUACCUGGGUGUCGUCCUCGCCGACGACUCGCCGCGGGAGUGGAAGCGAUGUUUGUCGUGUGUCUCGACGUACCGACAAGUGGCGAGAGCCCCUCGGGACCCAGUCCUCGAGUUUCCGCACUACGCGUGCCUGUUCUGGCCUUCCCACUUCCUCCAGUAUGAACGGCAUACUAAGGACAAUUCGGACCUGGUCGUCAAGGUGGCCGAGUUCCUCCAACAGCCAACGGUGGCAGAUGGCUGGUUCAAACUACACCUGCUCUGCACAGGUACAGCAUCACCGGCCAGCGGAGACGAGAAGGCGGAUUCCCGGAAACGAGCAGCGCAGAUGGCAGCGUAUGUCGGCCUUGAUUCGGUCGUAGCCUAUCUGUCAGGCCCUUUGCCGCUAGACUUCUGCCUGGAGAUUGCUGUUGCCAACGACGACCAUGAGAGGGUUGUACAGCUGAUGCAACUCGGCCAAAAAGACACGACAAAGCACUUCCCCCUCCACGCGGCGGCGUCGGCAGGCAGCCUGAUGACCAUGCACACACUUCUCAACAUGAUGGAAGAUGAGCAGCAAAACCAUGACGGCCAGACCCCACUUCACUUGGCAGCCGCUGGUGGCCACUUGGAUGCUGUUCAGUUUCUGUUGGAGAAGGAUAAUCAUCGCAGGUCAUCGGAUGCGACGAAGGAGAAGCCAGGAGGAGAAGGGGGUUGCGUUCCCAGCACGGUGGAUGCUCCAGACUCGAACAAGCAGACGCCACUGAUGCUAGCAGCGAAUAUGGGUCAUGUCGGGGUUGCCCGGUACUUGGCGACUUCUGGCGCAGAGGUCCUGACCCGUGACAAACACGGCAAGACCGCCCUACAUCAUGCCGUUAUCCACUGCCCACAGGUGGUCGAGCUUAUUGCGAGGAAGGAGCCUAUCGGUCUGCUGGUGCAAGACGCCAGCGGCCAAACUCCUCUGCAUAUCGCUGCCCGAAUCGCCGGUGCCGCGUCGGCGUCUACGAUGGUUGAAGCCGCCAGCGACAGCGCACAUCUCGGCCAGCUGCCGCAGGCCGUUGACGAGAGCGGGAGGACGGCGCUGCACUGCGCCGCGCAGUCCGGUGCAGCCGACGUCGCGCGGAUUUUGGGAGAGAAGGAUGACAACCUUCGUCUGACGGUGGUAGUUGAGGAUAGCGAGAAUCAGGAUACUCCAGCACAGCUCGCCGCGCUGUGUGGCCAGCUGGUCGUCAUGAAACUCAUACUUAGCUGGAUGCCGGACACGCCGGAUACUCCGGACGGCGGCCUGCUUUUCGCUGCUUCAGAUGCCGGCCAGUUGUUGGUGGUACGCCACCUCCUCCACAUCGGCUGUCCCCCAGACGGGCCAUGGGAGGAGAUCCGCCCACUCUAUCUGGCCGCUUGGCAAGGGCACAAUGCGGUAGUGCUUGCUCUGCUACAGGGCGGGGCACAGAUCGCUCCGCCGUCCACGGAUGAACGGACUAGUCUCCAUCAUGCCUCGGCAAAUGGCGGUUCGGCCCGACUGGACAGAGAAGUCAUGGCCCUCCUGGCAGACCGCGGAGCUGACAUCCAGGCCCGCUCGCAGGCUCGGGAUACCCCCCUGCACUUGGCGGCCAUCAGCAGUGGGCAGGCGGUCACUUUUCUGUUGGACAAAGGGGCGGCAGUAAACGACCAGGACGCCGAAGUCGGAGCGCCCCUGCAUGAUGCAGUGCGCAUGAAGAAUAUCAAGUCGGCCAUGGCCCUCAUCAGGGGAGGCGCUGACCUGGAUGGCCGAGACGAGAGAAGAAAGACCCCUCGGGCAGUGCGAUGUUCGGCUGCCGGUGUGGCAAGCUUCAUCAAGGAAUUCAAGGACAUAAUCGGCGAGGACAAUGACCGGGUGGCCGAUUUGUUCAUUGUUACGGCGAGGCAGACGAAUCUCACGGAUAUCCUCGUGGCCUUGGUGUACUUGGGGGCCGACAUCAAUCAACGCGGGGGCCGGUUGAACAAGACGAUCCUGCACAUAGCAGCAGAGCGCGGCAGACCUGUGCUUCUCGAUCCGGUCGAGAAGACGGACCGCCUCAUUUUCGAGCCAGCCAGGAGAGGAGCCAUAGACAUCUCCGGCAGUUGCGACCGCCGGGGCCGCACAUGUAUUGACGCGCCCGGUGACCCGAAAGGGGAUGCCGCCCCCGGCACCGCCGUUCGAAGAGGUCUCGACCCUGCCGUUUCUGAGCGGAUCAGGACCGGCCGGUUCUAUCGUGUCGGCCUCAACUUUGCGCGACCUUGA